GACAUCAAAGUCUCGUACGGAAAAGCAAGUGAAUGGUCGACGACACAAGAGGAAAAGAAAAUGAAUCCGGAAGGAAGACAGGAUGAUUCGACGAGUCAUGGAGCCUCUGAUGAAGCAAAUGAUUUCUCCGUUGAAGAAAAUGAAGUCUACGAGGAAGAAUCAACUGUGAUAGGCGAAACCGAAAGUGCUUCCGACGUUUCAACUGAAACAUUCUAUUCCACGAGACGAUCACAGAGCGACACCUUUGAGGAUAGCAUAUCAAGACUGUCUUGUGUUUGCAACCGCGAAAAUAACGCCGCUGAUAGAAGUAAUUAUUGUGGAAAAUACACAAAUGCAAAAUCUCUUCGGAGUGGGGAAUGUUCUGACAGGGUUUCGGUGGAAGAACAAACCAUCACAUCUUCUGUUAAUGGCCUUGAAGUACUUUAUCUGACCCUUGCAAGAGGAAUGGAAUCGGUGCCACCAAUCCAAGAGACAUCUAGCGUUGUUCAAGUAGCAUCCACAACAAACAGUGCAAAUGUAGGCACACGCGCUGGUUGCUCCGUGUUCCGAGGCGGAAGCGUUCCAGUAGAAGGUUUUACAGACUUGUCAGUGCUUUAUCCAUGCACACCUCAACAAUUGACACUGUUUGUUCUAAAAAAGGAUCAUCAGCGAUUAAAUAUAAUGACCUUUUCAGUACACUGUGUGGAACAGUCAAGGCAGGCAAGAGCAAGUUUGAUGGUAAAACAGCUAGAGCAACACCUACACACCCGUCUACAACUUGUUCCAUGUGGUGAUGAAUACUCCUACCAAGAACAAAAUAAACAUUUCCAUCCCCUGACCUUGGACAAUGAAAUAAAAAUAAAGUUUGAGUUGCGGAAGAAAGUACAGAGAAAAUUCCGACUUCAGGAGGAACAGGAAAUUUUCCAGGUGUGUCAGAUUAUAUGAAAACAACCAGGUGUUCCAUUAAAAAAAACUUGGAUCAACAUCAGAAUUUUGAACUGCAUGGAAUGACCUUUUUUCGUCUACCGACCAAGCAUUCUUUUUUACUCACUUUACACAGGUUCCACUGGUUCGCAUUAUGUCCUUGAGCCAGAAUAGAAUUCCAAGUCCUAUUGUU